UGUGGCACCUCAGCAGCCAAGCAUCAAGAUGGAAACGCCGCGCGGAAAGCUACGUAAUUUGCAUGUGGAGAACUUACAGAACAUGAGCACACCAGUUCGCUUACCGCCGUCAAAAAUGCUGAAGACCCUGGGCUAUGGCACCGGCGUUCAAGUUUAUCUCCUGGAUCGCUCGCCCCGCCUAGGCCAACCGCGCUCACCGUGGGCAAUCAAGAGUAUCACCAAGCGUUCGCUGGCACAAAAGGAUCAGAAUAUCAGCGAACGCAUUAUCCAUGAGGCGGACAUCUUGCGCAAACUAAAGCAUCCCAACAUUGUGGGCUUCCGCGCCGAAAUCCCAUCGGAAGAGGGCGCACACAGCCUGGCCCUGGAGAUGUGCAACACCUCGCUGGGCUCGAUACUGGAAGAGCGCUUCGACGAGGAACUGGGACGCCUGGACUCUGACAAAAUCCUCAAAAUGAUGCUGGACGUUACCAAAGGGCUGGACUAUCUGCACACCGAGGCCAAGUUGCUGCACGGCGACAUCAAGUCCUUCAAUGUGCUCGUAAAAGGCGAGUUCGAGAUCUGCAAGCUGUGCGACUUUGGUGUGUCUCUGCCACUGGAUGAGAACAAUGAGGCGAAGAGCAGCGGCUACGUGGGCACCAGUCUGUGGUCCGCACCCGAGGUGAUUGACUGCCAGGACACAAUUGACAGCAAGGCUGACAUAUUCAGCUUUGGCCUUGUUAUCUACGAGACAUUGGCCCUCGUGCCGCCGCAUACACUGCCGCUGGACGAUGGCUACGACGCCAGCAUCGAGAUGAACAGCUCCCUAGAGCUGUCGGAGACGGACGACAAGGAGAACAAUCCAGCGCUGAGUAACAUGGAGUCGGCAUUUGGCACACGUCCACCGCUACCGCAGGCCUUUGAACUAACCGAAGACUACAACACCAUUGUCGAGCUUUACUACCUGUGCACGAAUGCCUUAAGCGAGGAUCGCCCCUCGGCGCGCACCAUUCUGGAGUGUCUCGAGAAUAAUGCGCCCAGCGUCUAAGCAAGCUGACCGCAUCGAAUCUUCCACCACGUUUGGCAUUUAAUGUUAGCCACGAAACCUGAAUGUUGAGCACACAAAUAUCCUUACUUCGAUUAUAAUUAGCAUGUAAAAAUAAUGAAACAAUUGUGGGACCUGCCCAGAGAUAAAUUCUCCGCACUCACAAAAUCAUUUAAAGGCGUUUCCUGGCAAAGAACAACAAGGAAAUAGUUCUAGAUUCCAUUCCUCUGACAAUAACUGCUAAAUGUUGAACUGAAUACCGAACCCUUGUGUAAACUCGUAGAGUUCUCCAGACUCCCAUCACGAGUAAUAAAUUGUACUUUCGAGUUUCGAUUACACUUUUCUUAGAUUUAUUACAAAAUAAUAAUACAUACAUCAAAAUAUAA